AUGGACACCGGCGCCAGUAGCUUCGACGCUCUCUUCGAGGAGGCAAACGAUCUCGCGAGCCAGCGCUCCUUCCGGCUUGCCGCGGCCAAAUAUCGCGAGGCCAUCCAGCUCGAGCCGAGGAGGCCUGUGGCGCAUUUCAACCUCGGCUGCGCCCUCGAGCGAACAGGAGAGACCGAGACUGCGGCAAUGUCGUUCCACGCUGCCAUGCAGCGAUAUCCUGAGGACAGCUCGCCGUGGGCUGAAUCUGCUGCAGCCUCGUUCAAUUGCCUCACACAGGACUAUGCACCAACGCCGAGAGCGACUCCAAGCUGGUUCAUGAGCGACGAAGCUCUCAAACGACUCUCAUCGAGGGUGGUGGCAGCUACGUCCGACGAUCCGCUCACGAAACGAGGCCGUCUUCAAGCGAUCACGAUGCGGGCAGCGGUCCUGGCCAGCGACGCCACGGGCUUCAAGCCUCCCUGGCCCACAGGACCGCGCACAGCGGCAGAGCUUCGAGAGGCGGCGGCGCUAUUUCAAGAGGCCGCCGCGGGUGCUGGUGGCGACGGCGAUCUUCAAAAGGACUUGGAG